UGGCUGGCACCUUGGCACCUGGAAGCCAGCAGCUAUCACUAGUAACAAGCGCUUUCUUUGCUUAUCGUCAUCCGCAGGAGGGUUACGCCUGGCCGAGGCUGGGGCACGAUGCCAGGGUCUGGAGGGCAGUUGUGUUUCCCUCUGGGCUGUCGUUGUGUGCGUUGCCAGGCACUGCCUAUAAACGAAGGCGUGUUCAAGUGCCCUGAGGACCAGCUGCCCCUCGACUACGCCAAGAUCUACCCGGACCCCGAGCUGGAGUCGCAGGUGCUGAGCCUCACCAUCCGCUGCAUCCACAGUGAGGAGGGCUGCCGCUGGAGCGGGCAGGUCAAGCACCUCCAGGCCCACCUCAACACCUGCGGCUUCAACGUGAUCCCCUGCCCCAACCGCUGCGGCCUGAAGCUGCAGCGCCGCGACCUGCCGGCCCACCUGCAGCACGACUGCGCCAAGCGCCGGCUGCGCUGCGAGUUCUGCGGCAGCGACUUCACCGGCGAGGCCUACGAGACCCACCAAGGCGCCUGCCCGCAGGAGAGCGUGUACUGCGAGAACAAGUGCGGCGCCCGCAUGAUGCGGUGCCUGCUGCCCCAGCAUGCGCUGGCCGAGUGCCCCAAGCGCACCCAGCCCUGCGCCUACUGCUCCAAGGAGUUCGUCUUCGACACCAUCCAGAACCACCAGUACCAGUGUCCGCGCUACCCCGUGCCCUGCCCCAACCAGUGCGGCGCGGGCAGCGUGGCCAGGGAGGACCUGCCCGGGCACCUGAAGGAGAACUGCAGCACGGCGCUGGUGCUGUGCCCCUUCAAGGAGGCCGGCUGCAAACACCGCUGCCCCAAGCUGGCCAUGGGCCGGCACGUGGACGAGAGCACCAAGGCGCACCUGGGGCUGGUGUCGGCGCUGGUGAGCCGGCAGCGCCAGGAGCUGCAGGAGCUGCGGCGGGAGGUGGAGGAGCUGGCGCUGGGCUGCGACGGGACGCUGGUGUGGAAGAUCCCGGACUACGCGCAGCAGCUGCAGGAGGCCAAGGCGCGCAGCAACCACGAGGCCUUCAGCCCCCCCUUCUACACGCACCGCUACGGCUACAAGCUCCAGGUCUCGGCCUUCCUCAACGGCAACGGGAGCGGGGAGGGCAGCCACCUGUCCGUCUACAUCCGCGUGCUGCCCGGCACCUACGACAACCUGCUCGAGUGGCCCUUCUCGCACCGCGUCACCUUCUCGCUGCUGGACCAGAGCGACCCCUCGCUCUCCAAGCCGCAGCACGUCACCGAGACCUUCCGCCCCGACCCCAACUGGAAGAACUUCCAGAAGCCGGGGGCCUCGCGCAGAUCCCUGGACGAGAGCGCCCUGGGCUUCGGCUACCCCAGGUUCAUCUCCCACCAGGACAUCAAGAAGCGCAACUACGUGCGGGACAACGCCAUCUUCAUCAGGGCCUCCGUGGAGAUCCCCCAGAAGAUCCUGGCCUGAGCCCAGGGACUGAGCCCAGGCACGGGGGGCAUGACGGGGCAGGGCCGCCCCCAGCCCCUCGGUGCUGAGCACCCCGGUGUCGUCGUCUCCUCAGGGGCAAAUGCUGCACCUGCAGCACGGUGCUAACCGGCGCAGGGGUUUCAGGGGCAGCGUCGGCCUCUCUGGCCUGGUGCCGGGAGGGGCUGGGGCCCAUUGCACCCAGGUGCUACUGGGGGUCGGGCCCCCCCAGGGUCCGGGGGAUGCUGGGGCAGCAAGGGUGACGCCAGGGACUGGGCCCCACCAUGCCCGGGUGCCUGGUGCCCACCUCAGGGAUACGGGAGGGGUGGGGUCUCCCAUAGCCAUAUUUUGUACUCGGGGCCUUUCCCGUCUGCCCUCCGGGCUGGGCUGGCACGGCUGGGGAUGUGCCUCCUCCUCGGUCCCUGCCCACGGUGCUCUCCGGGGCCGUGCCUGAGGUUUAUUGCCCGGGCGCGGGACCCUGCUGCCUUCUCCUUUUCAAUAAACUCUUCUUGUAUUUA